AUGUCUUCAUCAUCUACUUCAACCUCUAGUCUUACCAACAUCCUCACCACUAUCCGCCGUGCAAACGAGCGCGUCUCCCGCCUCGCAGCCUCCAUGCGCGCAUCACUUACACCUACCCACCACGCCCGGCGCCGCGCCCGCAAACUGCAGUUGCGCGUCUGCAUCGACAAGGCCCUGAAGCUCGAUCCCAAGCAGAUCAGCGUCAUUCCCCUCCCCGUCCUCGCCACCCCCGUCCCCCUCCCCGUACCUGAACAGGUGCAGCCUGUAGCCCCCGCCCCCGUAUACGCUGAACCCGUCGUGUUCCGCGAGAACGAGAUCAGCCGUGCAGCCGCAGGGCGCGAGCUCGAGCGCCUACGCAACAUUCGUGUAUCGCAGCAGCUUCAACGGCCGACACUGCGAUGCGAGAUCCCAGCUGAUGCCGCUGUUGCGUCGGCAUCUGUAUCUACAUCUGAGCUAACGGACAUGGAGCUCGAGACGCCCGUGGAGCACGAUGAGAAUCAGGAGGAUGAGGUGCACGCCCCCGUCGUCCUGCGUGGUCAGAACGUCCCAUGGCGCCCCGUCACGUCGCGCUGGUCCGUCUCGACCGUCGCCAGCGAACCAGGCAAUCCGGACAUCGCCAUAGAGGACGCAGACAUCGUCGAUGCCGCAGGUGUAUACUCCACCCACCCCACCGAGAACGAAGAGGAGCAGGAGCAGGACAGACACACCCGCGCAUCAGCAUACGAGGAGGGCACGAUGGACUUCCCUAUCACCGUAUCCCCAGACUCGCCUGAAGGGCCCUACGGCGCGCUCGAGUACACCCCCUCAUACCCACGCUCGCGCCUGCAUAGGGAGCUCGAUAUCGGCGGCGACACGCGCCGCGUCCUGUACGGUGGUCCACGGCGCUUAACCGUCCCGCUGCGCCUGAACACAGACUUGGACACCGAGAUGGACGUUGACACGAUGGACGUUGACACAAACGUGGACAGCUCAAGGCUGAGCUGGGGCUCGGCCUCUAGCUCAUCCUCUUCGUCGUCGUCGGGAUCGCAAUCUGCCACGUCCGAAUCUGGCUCGACGACGUCUGAGUCGAGUACGGAUUCGUCCUCGCCAGUGCCCUCGAACUCUGACCGCCCCAAGCUGACGAUCCGCAUCAAGCGUUCCGCGCCCAUCGACCUCUCUCUUUCCCUCUCCUCCUCCUCCUCCUCCGCCGAGUCGGACGACACACGUUCCCUCUCCGAGAAGCGCCCGAAAUACGGCCGCAAGUCCUGGGCGUCACCCUACCCCGUCCCGGCCCCCAUCCGCGCUACUAUUCACCCGCCCGCCAACGCCCCCGUCCCCGCACCAGGCCUUGCAGUCGCCCGCCGCCAAUCCGCGCGCAUCUCCGCCCAACACACCCACGCCACGCACACGAACAGAUUAACGACUACGACGAUGAACCGCAGCAGCAACAGAUUUUAG